CCACGCCCCCUUGUGGUGCUGCUUCAGCAAAAAUUUGCUCGUCGUCGGGUCUUGUUGUGCGGGGGAUAUGGAGUUUUUGCCGUGUAUCCUGCGGCUGCUGACGCUCCAUAUGUCGCUAUUCCUAUCUCCGGGAGCUUGUCUGGAGCCAUACGAUGAAGAGCUCCAUUCUCUCCUCUCCCCCUCCCUCACCCACUACACCACUCUCCAUCCUCACUCCCUCACACACACCCUCCACGGCUCACAGUCACAACCCAGUCACUCCAGACUGGUAGAAUUCCACACUCUGGAACGGCAUUUCCAGCUGUAUCUUAGACCAAACUACCGCAUUUUUUCCUCGGGGUUCAAAGUUCGUUCGGUGGAUCGUCAUGGAAACCUGAAAGAACAUGAGGUUGAUAGGACAGAGUAUUAUCAAGGUGUCAUGGGAGGAGAAGAAGGUUCCAUUGUGAAUGCCCACAUAUCUGAGUCUGGACUGAUGACUGCAUCGGUUACCACGCCCACCGAGACUUACCACUUUGAACCCUCCGAUAAUUUCCUCACGAAGCCACACCCACCACACAUGAUUGCAUACCGAUCCUCCGACAUCAAACGCGACAGAUUCAACCAAACAAGAUUUGAUUUUGUGGUCGCACCACCCCUCCCCCCUGGAGUGCAAACGGAGACCACUGCGAACCACCAAACGGACCACACAGAGACAAUCGCGAACUAUCAAAGAGACCAUGCACAGACCAUUGUGGACCAUAAAGAGACCGUUGUGGACCACACGGAGACCGUUGCGGACCACCAGCGACUAAAGAGACAGUCUAGAAUCGGUGGAUCGUCCUGUCCGAUGUUUCUUGUUGUCGAUCACCGUUUCUACAACCAGUUCAGAGGAGACGGUCAGGAUUUGACUGAAACCAUCGCUGGAAUUGCUCGAAGAUUGAUAACCCUGGUAGCCCAAGUGGACUCGUCGAUAUACAGACCGGCAGAGUGGGUGUUGGAUCCUAUAUCUGGCAACAGAGUCAGUGACUUUGGCCUCGAGAUUGCCGAGAUACUAGUCCACCACGAGCCUUCCCUCCAAGAUUUUUUCGCCAACUCGACGACUUACUACAACAACCCUGACUGCUGCGGAGACAUUCGAAAAACGCUCGAUGCCGACGGUCUUCUUUCGGCUUUCAAUUACGGUUCCUGGGACGGCUACUGUCUGGCGCAUCUCUUCACGUUUGUCAAUUUCGAUAGCGGGCUCCUCGGCCUGGCCAAUAUCGCCAGCUCAUUUCAGAGUCAGACGGGUGGAGUCUGCUCUAAAGGAUUUACUGAUUCUUCUGUUGGCAAACGCAUCAUAUACAACACUGGUAUCAGCAGUUUUACGAGCGGGGGAAUCCCCAUCAUUAGGGGCGAGCAGAUACUCGUUGUCGCGCACGAGGUGGGCCAUAAUUGGGGUAGUCACCACGACCCCGGCAACGACCCCGAGUGUUCUGAGAGUUACCUGAUGAACGAGUUUGCACAGGACGGCUCCGAGUCCAGUCACAGUAUGUUUUCGAUUUGCAGUCGGACGAGUAUUGGACAGGUUUUGAGGUCCAAAGCAACCUGCUUUAGAGAUCCUGAUCCUUGCGGGAACUUUUUGAUUGACGACGUAACUGAACAAUGUGAUGAAGGACCAAUCAGCGGGCCGUGCUGUACCCCUGACUGCCAGCUGAGAGACGGAGCUAUGUGCAGUGAUACCAACUCUGCUUGCUGCACUGAAUGUGAGAUAGCCUCGGAGGACGUGGUGUGUAAUGAGGCAGGCGACUUCUCUACCAACUGUAGCAUUGAUAUCCACUGCAAUGGCAGAACAUCUGAAUGUCCAAACAUUGACACCACCAAUAUGGCUCCACAUGGAUCGUCUUGCCUCAUUGGGAGAUGCAGAAGUAUCGGAAACAAUCUCACAGAGUGCGUCGAUUUCUGCACUUUCAACGGGACCACGAAUUGCACCUGUCCCUCUCAGGACGACGAGUGCAAGUUGUGCUGUCAACGGGAGGGAGGUGCGUGCGAAGUAUCGGAAGACAAUAUCAACUUACCAACUGGUUUCCGUUGCAGCACUGGCUUCUGCAUUGGAGGAGAAUGCAGGGAGUUACAGGACACUAUCAGUCGCGUUUUCAGUUUCAUCACGAAUCUUGACGUGGACGAUUUCGGUAAACAAGUGUGCCUCGCGAUAAACAUUGUACCGUCGUUUGUUGUUGUUUACAGUUUUGUUUAUGGAGGAGAAUAUCGUAGGAUUCACGCUAAUCUUUACUCUGAUUCUCUGGAUACCUGCUGCUCUGGUUCUCCACUGCUGCUAUGAUCGCAAAGUGUGGGAGAAGUUCAAGAUGGAGAAUACCGAUUUCAUUUCGGCUCAUAAUGCCCCAGAGGAGGAGCCACUAAUAGCAGAUCGAGGGGAGCUGGGUAGCGGCAAUACCUCACCAGUUGACGACUCAUCUCCUCCGCCAUACUAUUUCAACCACCCUCAUGUACUGGAAACACUCCACGAAGAAGAUGAAGAUGAACUAGAAGAGAUGAAUUAGAAGAAGAUGAAGAAGAUCCUUCCCACCUUGAUACUUUAGUCUAAUUAUAAGACAUAAUUAUUAUAGUAAUACUGUAUGUAGUGCUCUCCAUGAUCAAUGUAGGGUUAGCUCACAUCAAUGAGACUACUUUUAACCACCGUCAUAAUCAUGUAAACAAAACAAAGACGACUGAUAAGUAAACAAAAACAAGUAAAAACGAGCUGAAAAAUACGUCAUUUAGUUCUGGUGAAGUCUAACGGAUUAUCGUAGAUGUUGUCGUGUAUUUCGACAAAGAGCGGAACGUAGGUGAGAUAAUCCAGAAAUUCCACCAGACCGCGAUCUUCGUGGUUCAUGUGAUCACACACGUACUCCACAUGUUCCUGGGUCAGUCCACCUGCUUGUAACUCUACUGCUAAACUAGAGACUGUGACCACACCCCCUUGCUCCACCCUCUCGUGCUCCGAGUCGGCCAACAAGUAGAACAGUU